CUAUUUUCAGGCUGUAGAAGCCUCAGUUCCAGACCUCUUUUUUGUCCCCUCCUUGCCUCUGGACCUCUUUACUGUUCCUUUUCCCACGUCGUCAACUGUAAACCCCUCACUGCGUGCUGUAAGGAGAGAAUGUUUCAGAGCAAAGUGGUGAUCCUAUGCACUCUCUCCCUGGUUUUCCUGCUGAGUCUGCAAGGAGCUGGGGCCAUUGAAGCGGAUCAUGUGUCAACAUUUGCUGCAUUUGUGCAGACGCAGAGACCAUCAGGGGAGUAUAUGUUUGAGCUUGAUGAGGAUGAGAUGUUCUAUGUGGAUCUGGACAAGAAGCAGACGGUCUGGCAUCUGCCAGAGUUUGGUCAAGCCUUUACCUUUGAUGCUCAGGGCGGGCUGACCAACAUCGCCAUACUGAGGGAAAACUUGAACGGAGCAAUCAAGGCUUUCAACCACACCCAGGCCCCCAAUGAUCCUCCCGAGGUGACUGUGUUUCCUAAGGAGCCUGUGCAGCUGGGUGAGCCCAACAUCCUCAUUUGCCAUGUGGACAAGUUCUUCCCACCUGUGCUCAGUGUCACGUGGCUGCGGAACGGGCAGCCAGUCACUGAGGGAGCUUCUGAGAGCAUCUUCCUGCCUCGCACAGACUACAGUUUCCAGAAGCUCCAUUACCUGACCUUCCUUCCCAACACCGAGGAUGUCUAUGACUGCAAGGUGGAGCACUGGGGACUGGAUGAGCCGUAUCUCAAGCACUGGGAGCCCCAGGAGCCUGUCCAGGUGACAGAGACAACAGAGACUGUGGUCUGUGCCCUGGGCCUGGUGGUGGGCCUGGUGGGCAUCAUCGUGGGCACCGUGCUCAUCAUCAGGGCUCUGCGUUCCAGUCGUGAUCCCCGGGCCCAGGGACCCCUUCUUCACAUGCAUAUCUAAGCUCAUCCUCUCAACAGUAACAUUCAGAAAGGUUUGAUGAAUUUAUCUUUAUUUGUGUGUACCCUGUAAAACAUGUAGUAUUAUUCAAAAUAUAUGCUUUUAUUAUUUACCAAAGCAAUAUAUUAUAGAUCUAAAGUCUGCUGCUUUCUGAUGUUCCAUAGCCUUUUACUUUGUACACCUACCUGUCUGUUUUUCACCUGGAGAAUCUGCAUUAUUUUGGUUCUGUGCAGUGUAAGCAAAUGUUUGCAUUCCCAUAGGGACCUGCAUUUCUGGAAUGUGUUGUGCCCAGAAGACCUUGCGGGGUGACUUAAGGCAGGCACACAUGGUUCACACACUAGCAAAAGAAAAGUAAUCAAGGAAAAAAGAAAUAACAGAGCCAAAAGAAUGAGGUGAAUGUUGUCACAUAAGCCAAGAAGAUAAUUUAUUUAAAGAAGAAGGAUUGUGUGUGUUCAGAUGUUUCACAGAGGCACUGUGAGGAAAUAUACAUUGGUUUUGAAUCUCUUUCACAGAGCAGCUUGACACAGUGUGAGCAGUGAUUCUGCCUUCACAGCCAUCAUUUCACACUUGAGCUUCCCUGGCCUCAACAGUGUGGCUCUCUGUCCUUCUGAGGGUGUUUUGGAGACUUAAAGCAUGUGGGGAAUCUCUCAAGUCAGCCUGGGGUUGGGUGUGAAGUUUGAUGUCAGGAUGCUCCUUGACUCCUGACUGUGGCUCACCUGAAGGAUCAGGGCAUGUACAGGGAAAGUCACUCUCUCCAUGGCCUUAAGGAUGGCAGAGGAAUGUGGAAACUAGAUAUAAAGCAGGUAGGGAAGGUGUGUCUGAGCUUGGAGACCUGAACCCAAGGGUGACAUUUGUAACUGUGUGUCUUGUUGCAGGUGACAAAAUUCCUAAAAGAAGAUUUCAGAGAA